AUGGAAGCUUGGAGGAUUUCUCUAUGGAUUCUCUCUCUAAGUUUGAUUCUCAACGGAGCAAACGCAGAUCCAGCGCAAGACAAACGCGCAUUGCUCGAGUUCCUAACCAUUAUGCGACCGACGCGCUCACUCAACUGGAACGAGAGCUCCUCCGUCUGCAGAACCUGGACCGGAGUAACAUGCAACCAAGACGGAUCUCGAAUCGUAGCCGUUAGAUUACCAGGCGUCGGACUCAACGGCCAGAUUCCACCCAACACUAUAAGCCGACUCUCUGCUCUCAGAGUCCUCAGCCUCAGAUCCAACCGAAUCUCCGGUCAUUUCCCGGCGGAUUUCUCCGAGCUCAAAGACUUGGCGUUUCUCUACCUUCAGUACAACACCUUCUCCGGUCCUCUGCCUCUGGAUUUCUCCGUCUGGAAGAAUCUCACCAGUGUCAAUCUCUCGAACAACGGAUUCAAUGGAACGAUUCCGGAUUCUCUCUCCCGUCUCAACCGUAUCAUGUCGCUGAAUCUCGCUAACAAUUCGCUCUCCGGCGACAUUCCGGAUCUGGGCGGUCUCUCUACUCUGCAGCAUAUCGAUUUGUCCAACAAUGAUCUCAAUGGUCCGAUACCGAAUUGGCUUCGUAGAUUCCCAUCGUCGUCUUCUCAAGGCACCGGUGUGAUUCCUCCUGGUGACGUCGACCAUUUUCGACCACCUCGCGACGAGACUCGUCGGAAGCCGAAAACGCGCUUCUUUGGACUCACCGAGACGGUUUUCCUGCUGAUCGUAAUCGCGAUUUCCAUCGUCGUAAUCGCGGUUUUGGCGUUUGUGUUCACUGUUUGCUACGUGAGGAGGAAGCUAAGACGCGGCGGCGGUGGGAUGGUUUCGGAUAAUAGUAACAAGAUGCAGAAGAAAGGAGGAAUGUCGCCGGAGAAGUUCGUUUCGCGGAUGGAAGACGCCAACAACCGGUUAUCUUUCUUCGAAGGAUGCAAUUACUCGUUUGAUCUGGAGGAUCUGUUGAGAGCUUCCGCUGAGGUUCUCGGUAAAGGAACGUUCGGGACGACGUACAAAGCGGUUCUCGAGGACGCGACUUCUGUUGCUGUGAAACGGCUCAAGGACGUCGCGGCUGGGAAACGCGAUUUCGAGCAGCAGAUGGAGAUUAUUGGUGGGAUUAAGCAUGAGAAUGUUGUGGAGCUUAAGGCUUACUAUUUCUCCAAAGAUGAGAAGCUCAUGGUUUAUGACUAUUUCAGCCAUGGAAGUGUUGCUUCUUUGCUUCACGGGAACAGAGGAGAAAACCGGAUUCCGUUGGACUGGGAAACAAGAAUGAGCAUUGCGAUUGGUGCAGCGAAAGGGAUAGCUCGAAUCCACAAAGAGAACAAUGGGAAGCUCGUCCAUGGGAACAUCAAAUCUUCGAAUAUAUUCUUGAAUUCGGAGCGUUACGGAUGUGUAUCUGAUCUUGGUUUAACCGCGGUGAUGAGCGCCUUGGCUCCACCUAUCUCAAGGCAAGCUGGUUACCGUGCACCGGAAGUAACCGACACGAGGAAGUCUUCACAGCUAUCAGAUGUUUACAGCUUCGGCGUCGUACUGCUUGAGCUACUCACCGGAAAAUCGCCAAUUCACACAACCGCAGGGGAUGAGAUUAUCCAUUUGGUUCGUUGGGUACAUUCGGUAGUGAGAGAGGAAUGGACGGCAGAGGUUUUUGACAUCGAGCUUUUGAGGUAUGCGAACAUUGAAGAAGAGAUGGUUGAGAUGUUGCAGAUCGCGAUGUCAUGUGUAGUAAAGGUGCCGGACCAGAGGCCGAAGAUGUCCGAUUUGGUUAGGCUCAUGCAGAACGUCGGUAACCGACGAGCCAGUCUUGAGCCGAAACCCAAAUCGGAAAAUGGAGGAGCCUCCGAGACUUCCACGCCGAAUUUGAAUUUCCGGUUUAACAAUCUCGAAUCAUACGCAAUGAAAUCUAAUGGCAGAUUCGUUCAAAACGUCGACGUUAUUGUGUUACAGAAGAAACAUCGCGAAUUUCGAAUAGAUGAGAAAAGUGAGAGAUCGGAUUUACACGGGGCUGAGGAGCUGGAAGAGACUGGGUUUCGGAUCGGAAUUCAUACCGACGAAGACGAUGAGAGGGAUGAAACCGAUAUGAGCCACGACUUUCGCCUUCUUCAACGACCAAUUUGUCCACUCCUUCGCAAUCUGCAACGCCGCCACAAACGUCUUCUCUUCUUCUCCGUCGUUGGAUCCUCUCGUCGCUGCUCUCAGCAUAUCUCCAGACGCCGCCAUUGA